AUGUUCAUAACGGCAGAGACGGAUUUUGGGCUGAAAAUGCUUCGUCAGGUGCCUUUCAACGAAUCUGUAGUUUUUUCUCCACUUUCUGUGAUAUUUGCCCUUUCCAUGGUUCGCACCGGGGCCCAUGGAAAAACCAAGAGUCAGAUUAGUGAUCUGCUAGCUAAAGGAAAGACUGAUGACGAUGCCAUAACGGAGCAUUAUUCAAAUCUCUCAUCACAAAUAAUGAAUGCAAAAAAUGGAGCGCAAAGCAGGAUUGCAAACGGGUUCUUCUUGAACAAGGAUUUCAAAAUUGAAAAGGACUAUGCGCAGGAAAUCGAAGAGAAAUUUUUAGCAAAAGUGGAAAGUUACGAUUUCAAGAAAGCAGAUGAAACAGCUAAGGUUUGGUUUUACUUUAGUCGCUUGAUACCUUUACACAGGAUAAUCGACGAUUUUGUAAGCAACGUCACAGAGGGGAAGAUUCAUGACAUUGUGAAUGCAGAUUCCGUCAGAGGUGAACUUAUAGAUUUAAUGUUCUAAAA